CCUAGAAACAGCCUAAGUUACAGUACACAACGGAAAGCCACACUUCACUUGCGUGCAACAACUGUUUAGUUACUUGUUGCCACAAAACAAAUAGCUUCACGCCCUUUCUGGAGGAAGACUCGUGUUGCGCAGUUACUAAAGGAAUUUCACUACUAUUGUGUCUUUUUGUUCCCCUUCAGGGGACUAUCUACAGGUAGCGUAAGGUUUAUCUCCAUUAACAGUGACGAUAUCUAUGCACGACGUCAUCAGUGCAGCUACAAACCUCCCCUCAACCCGCGACUCCCAAGUCAACCAUUCCUCUAUGUGCAGAGAGCAGGAUGGGAUGCUCUGGCAGCUCGCAAACUUCAGCGGUGGAUUCGACCCGACCCAGUGCGAAGCCGGAGGAGAGCAACGGAGCCAGCGCAACAGGGGCAGCCAAUGAAAAUGGCAACAUAGCCGAGGACAGCGAAACUAUUCCCGACCAGACCCCUGCCGACGGCGAUGCAAAACCUGCAGAUGAACCUGGUGCAGCUGCAGCAUCUGCAGACGACACCGCAGCAGCUACACCCGCAGGGGAGGAGCCUCCGCCCCCCACUGCAGACAGUCCGCCUGAAGAGGCCGCAGCGUCUGCCGGAGCAGCAGCACCCGAUAGCCCCGCAGAGACGGCAGCUGCAGCUCCUGAGGAAGAGAAAGUUGAGGCACCAGCGAGUGAUUCAGAGCCCAAACCAGAGGUGGCACCAGCUUCCAGUGAAUGAAGUGCAACAUGAGCGACUGCACAGAUGAGUUAGUUGCAAAAGUCUUGCCUUGAGUUGUAUGUGCGAGUGAAAGCACGUGUGUGUGUUAUUGUGUGAAAGACGUUGCCUCGUUGCCAAGAUGCAGACCCCGUGAUAAAACACUUUCAUUCAGGUUUGCGUAGCCAUCACUGAGCCUCGUUUCCCUCAUGACGGUGUUUGGCUGGAAUUUCUGCUCGCAAAUAUAUACAGAGUUCUAAGGCACUAUACGGGAUAACUAAUCAUAAGCUGUCCCUGACAUUUCUAGUCAUCAUCUUAUGGAUAUUUAUAAUCACUGAUUGUCUUAAUCUUAUAAUUCUACAGGAAACUAAAGCCAAAUUUGAUUAAAACAAUGUUAUUUUUUGCGUAGCUGGCUUGGAUUUUACGACCAUGUUUGCUAUGAAUAUGAAGUGAAGAUACUAUGAAGACUGUACAAAUUAAUAUAAGGGCGCAAACAAGAGAAGAUUAAAUUACACAUUGAAAAUUGUUUGUUUGUCCUAAAUUCUUACUGGAAGAUCCUCUGAAAUUUGUAACAAGCUAGAAACUGUCAAAGAAUUCAAGCAGCCUCCAAUAAGAGACAUACUGUACAUGCACUUUGUUUGAUAUCUUAAGGCAGGAUGAAUACAUAUGAUGUUGGUGGUGUUGUUUUAGGGCACAAUAACCAGUCAGGUUCUAUCAAU